AUGGCCAUCCAUGUGGAAGGGCUGGUGGCGAUUGUCAUCUUCUACUUGCUGAUCCUCGGUGUGGGAAUAUGGGCCGCCUGGAAGAACAAGAACUCGGGCGUGGAGGAGGGAGCGGACCGCAGUGAGACCAUCAUGGUCGGAGGGAGAGACAUCGGACUGUUUGUGGGAGCGUUUACCAUGACAGCUACAUGGGUGGGAGGUGGAUACAUUAACGGCACUGCUGAGUAUGUGUAUCUGCCAGGUUAUGGCUUGGCCUGGGCGCAAGCUCCCUUUGGAUAUGCCAUGAGUCUGGUACUGGGUGGUCUGUUCUUCGCCAAGCCCAUGCGCUCCCGUGGCUACGUCACCAUGUUGGACCCUUUCCAGCAGCUGUACGGAAAGCGCAUGGGUGGCCUGCUCUUCAUCCCCGCGCUCAUGGGGGAGAUCUUCUGGUCGGCCGCCAUCUUAUCAGCCCUCGGAGCAACACUGAGCGUCAUUGUGGACAUCGAUAUAAACAUGUCAGUCAUCAUUUCUGCCCUCAUCGCCAUUUUCUACACACUGGUUGGCGGUGUUUACUCAGUGGCCUACACAGACGUGGUUCAGCUCUUCUGCAUCUUUCUGGGACUGUGGAUCAGUGUCCCGUUUGCGCUGUCGAACCCUGUUGUGUCUGACAUCGGCCUGACUGCUGUGAAGGAGCUCUACCAGGAUCCCUGGCUGGGGUCGAUCGAAAGUAAAGAUAAAUGGAUGUGGGCAGACAACUUCUGCCUACUGAUGCUGGGGGGAAUUCCCUGGCAGGUCUAUUUUCAACGGGUUCUUUCUGCUUCUUCAGCUACCUACGCCCAAGUCCUUUCCUUCUUGGCUGCCUUUGGCUGCAUCAUUAUGGCCAUACCCUCCGUCCUGAUCGGAGCCAUUGGGGCCUCUACAGACUGGAAUAGGACGACCUAUGGGGAAAUCCCUCCCAUGGAGAAAGACGAGUCUGAAAUGAUUCUUCCAAUCGUGUUGCAGUACCUGUGCCCGCCCUACAUCUCCUUCUUUGGGCUGGGGGCAGUGUCUGCUGCAGUGAUGUCAUCGGCUGACUCAUCCAUCCUUUCAGCCAGUUCCAUGUUCGCCAGGAACAUCUACCAACUGGCCUUCCGGCAGUCGGCAUCAGACAGAGAGAUAGUCUGGGUCAUGCGGAUCACCAUCUUUGUUUUUGGUGCUCUGGCAACAGCUAUGGCUCUCCUGACAGGUACAGUGUAUGGGCUCUGGUACCUAAGCUCAGACUUGGUCUACGUGAUCAUCUUCCCACAGCUCCUCAGUGUCCUGUUUGUGAAAGGCACAAACACCUAUGGCUCAGUGGCAGGCUACAUCUUCGGCCUGAUCCUGCGCAUCGGCGGCGGUGAGCCUUACCUCAAACUACCCCCUUUUAUCUAUUACCCUGGCUGGUACAUCACGGAAAAGAAGCAUCACAAAACAGGGGAAGUGGAAUAUCUGAUAACGCAGAGGUUUCCCUUCAAGACAGUCUCCAUGCUGGCCUCCUUCCUGGGCAACAUGGCUUUCUCUUACCUGUUCAAGUACUUGUUUGAGAGUGGCAAACUGUCAGCCAAGUACGACUUCCUGGACGCGGUAGUGGCUAAGCACAGUGCUGAGAUCAUGGACAGGACCACGCUGGUGAACAGGAAUGUUAUUGGGCUGAAUGAGAUGGCACCAGUGCGGCCACGUCUCAGUGUCACUUUGGCCAGCGCCUUCAGCAGGAAGGAAACCCUCACUGAAGAGGAGGAGGAGGACUCCAGCCCAGAGUCUCCUCAUCAUGAAAAUGAGUAAAGACCACUACCUUUUCAAAUAGGACUAUGGCCAUGAUGGGAAGGACAGCACCUCGUGAAAUUAACUUCUUUGACAACGGAUGAAAAUGGACAGUUUAUUUUAACCGUACGUAUUGGAUUUUCCAUUGCUGCAGCAGGAUAAGCCAGAAUGGCCAAACAGGAGCAGAAAAACAUGGGACAUAUUGCAUCAUAGACAGUACAGUAUUACAUCAUUCCAUUAGGAAGAAGGUUAGCUGAAGGUUCAGUACUCUUCAGUAUGGUAUGUAUAAACCUUGAACUCAUUUUGCUCAUCUGCUCUGAAGGAAAUCCCUAACUACCACGACUACACCAUUCCCAUUUGAGGCAAUAUUCAUUUCGCUGAACCUUAUCCUAGGUCAGGUCUUAUUUACUAAACCUAAAUAAAAUACACUGUGCAUUAGCAUACAGGUUUAAAGCCUAUGUAGCCAAAAUCAGAGUUCCAUGUUAUA